AUGUAUUACAUUCUGUACCUUGCGAGUCUUUGCCGCCGCCGUCGCUGGCCAGAACCCCUCUACGAAUCAUAUCCCUGUGCGGCCGGAUACGGCUGCAUUGUGCGCGUCAAUAAUCGCGAGUAUCAGACGGAUGUAUAUUGCGAAACGGAAUCCCUCGCCAGAGAAAGCGCGGCUAUGCGCGCCUAUCUGAUCUGCCGGAAUUUCUCUGUCAACGAUGGGAUGUAUCCUGCAGGUCACGACCAUGGAGGGAUUGUACAGGGCAUUCCAGUUGCUAUUGGCACAGGACGACGUGGUCGUUUUCGCGAUGAUACUGAUGCGUCAACCAGUAGUGGAAGCCGAAGUGGGGGUAGCAGCCCUGAGAGCCACGAGGGAGGUCGACUAGGUCGUGGGCGCCAACCUGCCGCUCCAACGAGAACACUCGCAUACGGCCACCAGGGCCUCUAA